UCUGAUGUGUGUUUUCUGCGUCGUCUCAGUAAAGAAUGGCGCAGUUUCUUCACUUCCAAAAUGAACAUUUUUAUCUUUCUAGUUAAUCGCGUCAACAUAUCAUAAAACUUUUAUCGCGUUAAUGUAUAAACAAACGGCACAAAAAUAUAUGGAUAUGGACACUGCAUCACCUGAUGCGCUCAGUAACCGCGUCUGAUUUCAGAGUGUCAAGCACCUUUAGUUAAGGAGUUUGUUCCAGAAAGACAAGAGGCAGAGGCUAUAGACACUGCGGUGACUGUUGAAACCCCUGUGGAGGAGUUUAAGUCCUCUUCACCUCUACAGGAAGAACCAGAGCCUAAAUCUGAAUCUGAACCUGAGCCUGAGGAGCUUCAUGAGGAGGAGGAUCCCAGGGACUCCAGUGAAGCUGAAGAAGAACCUGAGCUGAUCACUCAACAACCUCAGUCUAUUACCAGCACCUCAGUUUCACAAACUGAUUCACCGUCCCUUCCAGAUGUGAUGUUCUGAAGAGAUGUUUCAUGCAUGUACCAUAUGCGCCACAGGCCCUUGACAACUUCAACCAGUUCUUAAAAGACAUUGAUGUCACUUUGCCCAGAGUGCCUUCCAUGCCAAAUCUGCCUCCUGCUCUCUCUCAAAUCACCCAACAGCUGCCGUCGCUUCCUUCUCAACUGGCACAACUCCCUCAACAAAUUUCCCAGCGAUUCUCCAAAAUCACCCCACAAUUCCCAAACCAGAUGCUUUUUAGUGCUCGUCAUUUUCCCAGCUUCCCCGUGCAGUUAUCCAGCCUCCCACAACAGCUGUCCAAAAUUCCACAACAAAUAUCCAACCUCCCGCAAAAGGUAUCCAUUUUUCCACAAAGGCUGACCAGCAUUCCACGGUUUUCCAUCCUACCACAACAGGUCUCCAACAUUCCGCAACAACUCUCCAGCAUUCCACAAAAAAUAUCCAGCAUUCCACAAAAGAUAGCCAGCAUUCCACAGAAGAUCUCCAGCAUUCCACAGUCUGCCCAGGAGUGCUAUUCUAACAUUAAGAGCCAUCUCAACAAACUUAAGCCGGAACAGGAUGCCCAAGGAGCAACCCCAGAAGACUAGGGAUUUGGAGUUGGACCGUCUUGUUCACCAGUCCCCACUCCAUUCCCCUUGUACUGCUUCACCCUCUUCCCCAAGCUCUGUCCUAGACCUGCCCAAUGUGCCCUCUUACCCCCAUCUUCCACCCAUCACCCCUUCCAAGCAGUUGUCAGGCGACUCCAACCCUGUCUUCCACAUUGAGGAUGACCCCAACUCUGCUAGACCCUCAGUGAGCUCCAGACUGAGUGUGCACCCAGCCGUGAAUGUGGAAGAUGUCGACUCCGACCGAGGGAAAGUAGGAAGAAGAUCUCAUCCCAUACCACCAAUAAUAAACCCACAGGACCCCAACCUCAAAACCCUCACUGUCCCUGGUGCCCGUAAAGCUAAUCGGACAAGAGACCGAAAACCACAGACAGUUUGGACCAAGAUCAAGAGACUUUACUCACAAGAUGAUGAGGAAGAGGAGAAGUUAGAAACUGCAGUCCAAGUCUGGCCAAACCAGAGUACCAUCUCAAGUGCAGAUGAUGGGCUAAAUCAACGGCCAGCCUCUUCAGCCAGCCAAACUAGUACUGUAGUAAAUGAGAGGUUGAAGGAGCUGGUCAAGCUGUUCAAAGAGAGAACAGAGCGAGCUAAAGAGAAGCUGACUGAUCCAGAUAACUCUGAUGAUGAAACACCACCUGCCUCCCCAGCUAAGCAAGCUCCAGCUCCUCCUCCUGAACCUCCAGCAGAGCAGACAACAGAGCAGGAGGCAUCUGAAGCCCCUGGUGAGAAAGAAGAGGAGAAAACAAAGCUCCUGUGGUAUAAAGUGAAACCUCAAUCCAGGACUAGUCGGCUUCUGCAGUACCGUUUUCCAUCCAGCAUCGACCCCUUCACUAGUCUGAUCUACGUACUUUGGCUGUUUUGCGUGUCUUUGGCGUUUAACUGGAACGCGUGGAUGAUUCCUGUGCGUUGGGCAUUUCCAUAUCAAACACCAGAUAACAUCCAUGUGUGGCUGUUGAUUGAUUACUUAUGUGAUGCCAUCUAUAUACUGGACAUCCUGACCUUUCAACCCAGACUGCAGUUUGUGCUUCAUGGGGACAUUGUGACCAGCAAGAAAGAGAUGAGAAAUAAUUACAUCAAAGCUGUACGAUUCAAGCUGGAUUUGGUCAGUCUGCUUCCUCUGGAGCUUUUUUACUUCAAAACAGGGAUUAAUCCACUUCUCCGCUUGCCCAGGAUCCUGAAGUUUAUGUCUUUCUUUGAGUUUAACAAGCGUCUGGAAGCUAUACUGACCAACGCUUACGUUUACAGAGUUAUUCGAACCACCACCUACCUACUGUAUGCCGUCCACUGCAAUGCCUGUCUGUACUACUGGGGCUCUUCAUUUGAAGGUCUGGGUUUCUCAGAAUGGACCUAUGAUGGGAAAGGCAAUAAUUAUUUUCGCUGCUACUACUUUGCUGUGAAGACUUUGCUUACCAUUGGUGGCCUGCCAGAACCCACAACACUUUUUGAGAUUGUGUUUCAGCUCAUCAAUUACUUUAUUGGAGUGUUUGUGUUCUCCAUCAUGAUUGGUCAGAUGAGAGACGUUGUUGGUGCAGCGACUGCGGCUCAGACAAACUAUCGUACCUGUGUGGAUAACACAGUGAAGUACAUGGCUUCCUACCACAUCCCUAAAGAUGUGCAGAACAGAGUGAAAACCUGGUACAGCUACACCUGGCAGUCCCAAGGCAUGCUGGAUGAACAAGAGCUACUAGAUCAACUACCUGACAAGAUGAGGCUGGAUAUAGCAGUGGACGUCAGCUACAACAUUAUUAGUAAAGUGCCACUCUUCCAGGGCUGUGAUAGACAAAUGAUCUUUGACAUGCUGAAGAGUCUCAAAUCAGUGGUGUACCUUCCAGGAGACUAUGUCUGCAAGAAGGAUGAAGUGGGCCGUGAGAUGUACAUCAUAAAGGCAGGGGAAGUCCAGGUAGUUGGUGGCCCUUAUGGAAAGACAGUUUUUGUGACCCUGAAAGCAGGAGCUGUGUUUGGAGAGGUCAGCUUGCUUGCUGUGGGCGGAGGAAACCGUCGGACAGCUAAUGUCGUAGCACGUGGUUUUGCUAACCUUCUUAUCUUGACCAAAAGGGACCUGAAUGAGAUCAUGGUGCACUAUCCACAGUCCCAGAAACUGCUGCGCAAGAAAGCAAGGAAAAUGUUGAUGAAGGAUAAAAAGCCUGCUGAGAAGAAAGAGGAAGAAAAGGAGACCAUCCCGAUUAUUCCUCCUCCUGCCGAGAUGCCCAAACUGUUAAAAGCAGCGCUAGAGCUGACAGAGAAAUCCGGAAUGAAAGGAACAUGGUCCAAACUUAAGGAUUGGACCAACAGAUCGAGUGUCUCCUUGCAGGUACAUACAGCACCCGACUCACCAGUCCAUGAACUGCACUCAGAUCAAGACGCAGAUACUCUAUCUCAGAUAUCGGACAGCUCAAUGCAAAUCCCCACGACCCCCACCAGCGCUAGAGACGGGAAUGUAUUUGCUGAAGAGGGUUCGGUGGAGGAAGAAACUAAAUAG